AUCCGAGCAGCAACAAGCCGACACCUUUCUGUCCACGAGCCGGUUGGCGCUGUGGCGCUCGCUCGUAACGCGCUGCUGCUGCAGUGGAGACGAGCGCUUGCGCAUGCAGCAAGAUUACACCCGGUUAUGUAAAUAAGAUAACGGGUUGAGCAGCCUGAGCAUUAAGCAGUAUUUUUGGGCGCAAAAAGUCGGUGUCUCCAGAUCAAAUAAACAUUCGCUCACUUUGCAUUUGGUGCUAACGCUCCGCUCCGCCUGCUCGAGUCGGUGCAUGACGCUCCGAGUUAAUUCUAGGGUUUAGGUUUCUACUGGAUUUCAUGUGAAGGAGGGCUUGAAGCAGAGCCCGCCCUCGCGGGACUAGGUCGCUGCUUGUCCUGCUCUGUGAGAGAAGCUUCACGCGUAAAUUCAUUUCGGACUCGUCCGUUUCGUGCCCUGCGGAACUGAGACGCAUCGCAGAGACGCUGUCACCAUGAUUUAGAAUUGUAGAUGAUCGGAGCCCGCAGUGUGUCGUUGAUCCCUCGAUGGUGUCUGUAUUGAAACGGCGGUGAUCAGUCUUCAGUGGCGCGUGCCACUGUCGUAGAAGCAGUGAAGCUGAAGAACGGCUCGACUCCGGGAAGUCAAAGUGAUCUUGCGAUGCCGGCCGCGGAUGCAGAGCCGGGCAUGAGCGGAGGCGGCACCGCAGCGGUCGCAGCCCCGGCCCUACCGAGCCAGCCCCCGGGUGAACGCGCAUUGAGUGUGCUGUGGUCCUUUGCAAAAUGCCUGGGCGCUCUUCUGCCCGUGUACCUGGCCGGAUAUUUUGGCUUCAGCAUCAGUGUGGUCCUCUUCGCUCUGAUGAUCUACAUGGGCUGGAAACACAGUCGACUGGAGAAAGUGGCGAGGCUCAAGUUUGCCAUGUUCCUCCUGGAGAACGAGAAAGCAAUCGCCGCCGAGAAGGCUCCAAGAAGCAGAAGGGAUUUACCUCCGUGGGUCAACUUUCCAGAUGUGGAAAAAGUGGAGUGGCUAAAUAAGAUCCUGCAGCAGGCGUGGCCCUUUAUAGGCCAGUAUCUGGAGAAGUUGCUGGUGGAAAGCAUCGCUCCUGCCAUCCGGGCCUCCAGCAUUCACCUGCAGACUCUCAGCUUCACCAAGGUCAACAUAGGAGACAAGGCUUUGAAGGUGGUUGGUGUCAAGGCUCACACCGAACACGAUAAGAGACAAGUUAUGUUGGAUUUGUACCUGAGCUACGCCGGUGAUGUUGAGAUCAACGUAGAAAUUAAGAAGUACUUUUGCAAAGCCGGAGUGAAAGGAGUCCAGCUCCAUGGGAAGCUGCGUGUGAUCCUCGAGCCUCUGAUCGGAGACAUCCCAUUGGUUGGAGCCAUCACAAUGUUCUUCAUCCGCAGGCCUAAACUGGACAUCAACUGGACCGGGCUGACCAACCUGUUAGAUAUCCCUGGGCUUCAUGUCAUAUCGGACACUAUGAUAAUGGAUGCAAUAGCCUCCUACCUGGUGCUCCCCAACCGUCUAACUGUUCCCCUGGUGGCCGACCUGCACAUUGCGCAGCUCCGCUCCCCUCUCCCACGGGGAGUUGUGCGUAUCCACCUGCUGGAGGCCGAGGACCUGACUGCCAAGGAUACAGUCAUUAAGGGCUUAAUCGACGGGAAGUCAGACCCGUAUGCCGUUCUGCGUGUGGGCACCCAGAUCUUUACCUCCCACCACGUGGACAGCAACCUGAACCCACAGUGGAGGGAGAUGUAUGAGGUGAUUGUCCAUGAAGUACCUGGUCAGGAGUUGGAAGUGGAAGUGUUUGACAAAGAUCCAGACCAGGAUGACUUCCUGGGGAGGGUCAAGGUGGAUCUUGAUAUUGUAAAGAAAGCCAGAGUUGUGGAUGAUUGGUUCAAUCUGAAGGACGUCUCAUCUGGCAGCGUUCACCUCCGGCUGGAGUGGCUCUCUCUGCUGUCCUCUGCUGACAGACUGAGCGAGGUGAUCCAGAAGAACCAGAACUUGACCACUAAGAUGGCUGAACCCCCAUCUGCCGCCAUCCUAGCCAUCUAUCUUGAUCGAGCUCACGCACUGCCAAUGAGAAAAGGAAAUAAGGACCCGAGCCCAAUGGCACAGGUUUCCAUUCAGGAUGCGACGAAAGAGAGCAAAACUUGCUAUGGAACCAACAGCCCUGUGUGGGAGGAUGCCUUUACCUUCUUUAUUCAGGAUCCAUGCAAACAAGGCAUUGAUAUUCAAGUGAAAGAUGAUGACCGUGCUCUGUCCCUGGGCAGUCUGAGCAUCCCUCUGAACCGCCUUCUGGAAACCCCUGAACUCACCAUGGACCAGUGGUUCCAGCUGGAGAAUUCAGGCUCUGCAAGCCGCAUUUACGUCAAAAUUGUGCUUCGGAUUUUGUGGCUAAAUGACGAUGCCACUCCUACGACACCGUCCCCUCGACCUUUGGCCCCUGGGUCUGGGAUGGGUCAGGGGGUAAUCCCAUCAGAAUUGAACCCCAUGGGACCCGGCGGGUUAGCCAAACCUCCACCAACACGACCACAGCACACCACGCCCAACCCAGAGUUUGCAACUGAGGGAGUGCUGCGUAUCCAAUUGGUGGAGGGCCAAAACCUGAUAGCGAAGGACAACUUCAUGGGGGGCAUGGUGAAGGGGAAGAGUGACCCCUACGUCAAGAUCCGUGUAACUGGUAUCACUUUCCGCAGCCGCACCAUCAAAGAGAACCUCAAUCCCAUCUGGAAUGAACUCUACGAGGUGAUUUUGACCCAACUUCCUGGUCAAGAGAUCCAGUUUGAGUUGUUUGACAAGGACCUCGAUCAGGAUGACUUCCUCGGAAGGUUCAAGCUUAACCUACGAGACAUCAUCAGCGCUCAAUUCAUCGAUACGUUAUACACUCUAAAUGAUGUGAAGUCAGGCCGAGUUCACCUGGUGCUGGAGUGGCUGCCCACAGUGGCUGACCUUCCCAGGCUGGAGCAGAUCUUGCAGUACCAGUCACAGCAGUCGUACCACAACAAGGUCGUGCCGUCAGCGGCGGUGCUGUUUGUGUAUGUGGAGCGUGCUCAUGGCCUGCCGUUGAAGAAGAGUGGGAAGGAGCCAAAGGUCGGGGCUGAGAUUGUUCUCAAAGGUGUUUCACACAGAACCAAGAUUUGUGAGCGGUCCACAUCCCCUCGAUGGGACGAAGCCUUUCAUUUCCUGGUUCGGGACCCCAGAGAUGAAUCACUCACAGUGAAGCUCUCCCACAGCUGGGGCCAGGCCCUCGGGUCCUUUAAACUUCCUCUCAGAGAGGUGCUGUUUGAGCCGGGAUUGGUGCUCGACCGCUGGCUCAAUCUGGAUGCAGCUCUGCCAGAAAGCCAGAUACUACUGAGGGCCACGCUCAAGGUCUUGGACACUCAGCUGGCGGUGUGUCAAAGGCCUCCCGGGGAAGCAGGUAAUGACGGCGGAGGAGAGGAAGCAGUUCCCCGAUGGGUGCCUUCUCAUCUCGACCUCAGACAGAGAAGUGGAUUCUCCGUGAACGAUAGCGCAAACUCUGCAGGCCAGGUGAAGCUUACCACCGGCUACUCCAUCGAGGAGAGCAGGCUUUUCAUCACCAUUCACUCUUGCAGAGCGCUGGCAGCCUGCUCCAAGGACGGGGCAGACCCGUAUGUGUCCUUCAUCCUGCUGCCUGACAAGAAGGCCACCACCAAGAGGAGGACUGCCACCAAGAAGAGAGACCUCAACCCCGAAUUCAACGAGCGGUUUGACUUUGACUUCUCUCUGGAGGAGUCCACACAGAGAAGACUGGACCUGUCUGUGAAAAACAGCGUCUCCUUCAUGAGCAGAGAGAGGGAGCUUAUUGGCAAGUUGCAGCUGGACCUGGACCAAAUUGACCUCAAGACUGGUAUCACACAAUGGUACGAUUUGGUAGCAGAGGCCAACUAGAAGACUCAACGGUUGGUCUGAAGUCCAAUUUCUUGUUAGGUGUUGCUUCUGUGAUCUGUGAUUUGUGUUUGUAUAUUCAGCUUUAAUGAAAAUUUCCACCAUCACUGAAGAAAAAAAUGAAGACAUAUUUGCUCCACAAAAACACAGUUCAUCAGUAGUUAUGAAACUUUACAUGUAGCGUAUCAUCCGUAAAGUGUUACCUGUGGUGAAGUCAUGCUGUCUUGGACAGAUUCUUCAGUAGAAUAUUUUGGCUGAAUAGAUGUUUGAUAAUAAUGCAACUAUGUUGCACGACUUACCGAGUUUAAAUGUGUUCAAAAGCAUGUCUAAGUCCUCUUUGAAUUUUAUUCACAAAAGGGCUGAUGCUGUGGUGAAUAUAUUAAGGUAUGAGAUGUUUAUGAGUUUACAGAAUCCAACACAACUGAGAGAAAUUCCUUUGAAUUUAAUGUUGUACAAAUUUCUAAUAAUUCCCAAUAUUACUUGAUAUUACUUUGAAUAUAUUUAUAUUAUUGCCUUAAGUACUACAAAACUGUGCAUAAUUUUGUCAGUGUUUAUGAAUUAUGUUCCAAAUGAAGUUUUAUAUAUUUUAGAUAGAUAGAUAGAUAUAUAUAUAUACUUUAUUAAUCCCCAAGGGGAAAUUUGUCGAAUUUCCCCUUUAGCCAGAGCUCUAUUAAAGCUCUAUUAAAGUUGCUUUUAUAAAUCAAAGUAUUAUGAACCUAGACCCUCACAUGUACCACUGUAAGCAGAGUCACUGUGCUUUUAUGAUAACAACACUUUGUAGAUACUGAAAACACGUCGCUGGUGUUCUUCAUGCUUCUUUGUACUUGUACUUGUACUUGUUGGUAGCUCAAAAUACAACAGGCUGAAACUGUCAGCCAUGUUUAGACUUCAAGCAAAACAGUUAUGAGAAGCAAGCUAACACUGUACGCCAGCUGUGGGACAGAAGCUGUGGACUUGGGCACUGAUGUGUGUUCAUGGAAAGAAAAUAGGCUUUUUAAGUGUCAGAAGAACUGAAGAAGAAAACUGCUGAGCUUUGCCUUUAUUUGAACAUAUCUUCAUGUAUCUGCUGAAGUUGUUGAUUAAAAUGUUCACUCUCAUGAAUCAAA